AGCCUCGCAUAACAAUCUCACCCUCGCGUGUGAAAUGAAAUGCAUCUCCGAGCCGAUUCUGUCUCUCUCACUCACUUCCUUCCUCCUCCCCCUCCUCCUCAUCGCUUCCAUUUCUUAGCUCCUAAAAGCUGCACGCUUCGCAAAACCUCCCUCAGAUGCUCUCUCUCGAAGCCGCUUCCUGCGGAGGUCUCCCGGACCAUCAUGGAGUUGUCCUCUGUUGGCACUCUCUCCACCAUCACCCAAGAUCACUGGCCGCUAGGUGUUGGUGUGAGAUUCGCAGUCGACCUGGAAGGGACUCCCGUUUUGUGCUUGAAUCAGUCCAGCUCAGUUGAUUCCAAGUCUAGUCUCCACGUUCAGUUGGAGCAGUGUGGAUUGAGGAGGACCCAGUGCACGAUUCUUGGCGAUCUUGGCAAGCCAGAUGACAGAAUGGAUUUGAAGCGGCUUCACUCAGUGUGGAAAGAGAGGUUUGGGGAGGAUGUUGAUGAAGACCUUAUAUAUUUUAUUGCUGUAAAGCGGGUACUUCAGAAGGAAGACAUCAUGGAGGAUGGUGCAUGGGUGCUUUCUUCAGAUUAUAGACGUGCAAGCCCAGAUCCGCUAAGAGACUUUGCCGAAAAGAUCGUCAAUGAAAUUAAUGCUGAAAAGAUGGAGGAUGUUCUCCGAUUUAGCAACAUAUUUGUUGAUAUGGACUUUCAGGUGUCAGAAGCAAAGAUGAUCUGGGUCGAUCGGUUAGGCUUUGACAUGCGUCUCUGCUUUCCACAGAAAGGUGUUUUCGAGGUUCGGAUUCCUUUCCCAGGAGAAGUAACAGACGAAAAGGGUGUGAAGUCUACGUUCAAUUGUAUGUCCCAACUUGCUUGGGAGAGGGAAAAACACUAUGACUUCCCAGAUUUUGAAAAGAUCAAGCAAUUGAAGCCCAUCGCACAAGGGGUUCUCUAAUGCAACUGAUAUUUUGAUGGUUUUUGACAUGAAUUUCUUAGUGAGCUUUCUUUCCAUGUGUUUGGCUGGCUGGUAAGUAGUGCUGGUUGAGCUCUGUCCUCGUGAAGUAUGAUGCUAGUUACUUUGGACUCUUACUUUUGAGGAAAAUAAACGGGUUCGGGUUAUGAGAUAGGGAAAGGGUUUGGGAAUAAUAGAGGAAAUGCUCCUAGAUGCCAAGUUCCCUCGUCUCUGCAACUAUAUAGAAUCUGACAUGAUUUUACUCUUCUAUAUCGACUAUCUUGUAAGUUGUAACCCCUUUUCCAGUUUUUAUUUUUUUAUUUUAAUGAGGAAGCAUGACCUUUGUCCA